AAUCCGCCAGAUCUUCGAUUGUGGUAGUUAUUAAACCGUUUGCUGAUUGUUUUAAGACCCAAGAUGUCUCUUUUUGCUUGUACUAAUUGUAACAGCCGCCAUCCAUUUGAACAACUUUCUAAAGGAGAUCAACUUUGUAAGGAUUGCAGAAAGACAUUUCCAUUGGUAACUUGUACUUAUUGCCGUUUAGAGUUUCAUCUUCUCAGGAACACUGAAAAAGAUCCAAUUUGCAAGAAAUGCAGCUACAACCUUAAAACAUAUGGCCAGCCAUCUUGUUGUGAAUACUGCAAUAUAAGAGCAGCAUUUGAUGGAACAAAGUGCUCUAGGUGUUUGAGUUCAGAAAAGAAGUAUGGUGCUCCUGUAGCUUGUGAACAGUGCAAGCUGAACUGUGCUUUCCAGAAGACAACAGAGUCAAGGGAAAAGGUUGAUGGGAAAAUGCUUUGUCUUUUAUGUACAUUAUCAUAUAAAAGAAUAUUACACAAAACCAAAAAGGGAGAGAAAAGGCCCAGUGGAAAAGAUCAUAAAAGAGACAGGAAAGACAGACAUACAAAGAUUGCCAAAACUGAGAACAGUGACAGUCCUAAAGAUGGAAAGCCAGGAUCAGCUGCUGCCGCUGCUCUGGAGAGGAUUGGCAGUGCACGAAAUAGUCCUUUGACAAUUGCCUUGUACAGUAGUAUGUACAAUGAUGCCUCAAGUGAACCUAUUGCACUGGAGUCACACAUAACUGAACUUACAGAACUAAAAGAACAGGUGGUGAAUCUCAAAAAGCAGUUGCAACAGAAGGAACAGGCAUUGAUUGAGAAGGAAAAAAAGUUAACUGAACUGAAGGCUGAUCAUUGGGAAAAAGAAAAGGAAUUGAGGCAGAAGAUGGUUCAAAUGCAGAAACAGCAAGCAGAGAGGAUGGAAGGCCUGCAGACAGAAAACAGAAAUCUCAAAAAGCAGAUUGCAACACUGUCAAAAGGAAAAGACAAGCAAAUUACAACCUCAGGAUGAAUGCUGUCCAUGUCCAGCUUUUUAGAUUAAUUGCCCUAAAUUUUUAACAGAAUAUUUACUGCUGCAAGAAUGAGUAAGACUUGCCCAGGAAUGCAACCAUAAGAUUUUAAUUUUCUAUAAUUUAUUUUUAAAAUCUCAUAUUAUUAUAGAUUGUACCAAUUAUGUGGAAUAAGAUCACAUGUAGACUUAGUUUAGAUAACCUGAGAAUGGUAAUUCCUUGCCACAUAAAUGAUAGCUAGUAAGCAUCUCUUAACCCACAAGAAAAUAGGAGACCAACUAGUAAGCUGUAAGUGAAGAGAGACAAAUCAAAACAGGUUAUUGGUAUCUUUUCAAUUUUUUAACCUGGUUGACAUACUUCAGAACCUUUUUUUGUGAAAAAAACAAACAAGAGUGGUACAUGUGUAAUACAUCUGAAGAAACAGGCUUAAAUGUGUCCCUUGAGAGUUCAAGUGUGAGGAGUUGCCCUCUUGUGUGUGGGUAUGCUGUUGGACAUUUCAGGCAAUAGAAGACUAAUUUCUCUCACCAAAUGAUUCAAUGAUGUUGCUCCUCACCACAUAUAAUUAUGCUGUCUUCGUUAUUGUUGACAUUUCCCAAAGGGUGUUUCAAUAUCAUUGUGUACCUCUAUCCCUCUUCAUGUAAUAUUAAGUGAACCUGAAGAAAAUACCUCAUAAUAAGGGUUUUCCUUCCCAAAACAGAUGUAAAUUACUUAGACUGAAUUUACCUUUUUAAGGAUGAAUCCAAUGGUUUGUUUUUGAGUGAUAAAUACUGUUGUUGUGGCUCUUUCUCAAUUUUUCAAAAAAAAUGUGUCUUUGAAAGUUCAAAACUUGCAGUGAUUUUAACUGACUGUUUUACCUGAAAAAACAUUUAAUUUCUUCCUCAGAUACUUAAAUACUCAAAAUUUUAUUAUAUUUGAAAGAACAAUUUUUAUUUCAAAGCAUCAUGUGUGAUGAUUGAGCUGAAAUUUUAGCAAACCAAACAGACUUUUCUGUAAAAUUCUAAGUAAAUCAUAUUUAUUUUCAAAUUCAUUAGAUUAGGAUGUGCUAUAUUUCAACAGUGUGUUGAAAAUUAUUUUAAGAAAACUUCUCAACAGUGGCUAUGAUUUGUAAUAGAAUUGUUAUUCAAAUCAAUCAUGCAAAUAUAAUUUUUUGCAUUUAGAGGCUAUUGUAAUUUUCUUACAUUUUUUGGGAGAAAUUGCUCUUUUUUGAUCCAAAAAUUAGAACUGAAUAAGACUUCUUGAGGUAUUUUUAUUAUUCUUAUCAUUGUCAACUGAAUCUUGUAUUAAAUCUGCAAACUAAGCAAAUCCCCACACAAACUUGUUUAGUGUAAAACUUCUUGCAGUCUUUUUUCAUCUCCUUGGUUAACAGACUUAAAAUGUCAAUUCAGUUGUAGUUUAAUAUUAAAUAUUAAAUAUGUUCACAAAAUUUUUUUUGAUCAUGAAGAUCUGCGAUAAAACAAGAAACAUAACUUGAACUCUGGUGGAACACUUUCAUUUACUUGAAUAGAGUGAAAAUUUAAUAGAAGCUUUUUGUAGGAAAUAAAUGGGAAAUAGUGUAUUAAA